GCGUUACCGCAUAUUAAAUAUAUCUCCUCUCCCCCUUCUCUUCUUUCUCCUCUUCUCUCUCUCUGUUCUGUAAUCCCUAAAUCCCCAAUUUCGGACAAUUUUAGAUUCUCUCUCUCCUCCAUCUCUCUCCUCUCUCUCUAUCACUCUCCCUCGCUCGCGCUUGGGAAUGCUUUCUGUGUAGUCAUCAUCUGUAUCACAAGAGGGUGACAAAUGAAUAACGGUUCUUGGUUACCUGAAGAGGACUUCAAGGGUUUAGGGGAUAACUUCUUUGAUGAUCUCAUCAAUCAUCUCGAUUUUCCCCUAGAAGACAUCGAAACCGGCAGUGGCGAUGGAGAUUGGGACGCCGAGUUUCAGAACCUCGUGCCUCCUUCAUUGGAUGUGCUCACGAGUUUGUCCUCUGAGUUCACUCAUGGUAGCACUUGCAAGGGACAACGCGUGGGAGUCCAAAAGCCCGUGCCCGUUUUGAAGCAGUCGAGUUCUUCGGAAGUCGACAGCUCCCUUCCUGAUGUCAAAGUCUCAAAGCUGUUUCAGUCUUCAAGCCCAGUCUCAGUUCUCGAGAGCGCCAAUGGUUCUGUGUCGUUCCAAAACCCAAACCGAGCUCAGAGGCUGGCCCUUCCUGUGAAAGGCAUCAGAAGCAAGCGCAAACGCCCCACAGAGCCGAGAAUCAGGUCCCUCCUGACAUUUGCAUCAGGAAUGUCUCAGCAGUUUGCUCCAGAUGAGUCAGAAUCUGAAACUUACCUCUCUUCUGAGAAUUCCUCCAAGAAGAGACGCAAGAAGAGCAAGAACCGUGCGGCCCACUCGGUCUCUUACAGUCCAGAGCCGUUUAACGCAGAUGGGACAGUCCGGAAAUGCACUCACUGCGAGACAACCAAGACUCCACAGUGGAGGGAAGGUCCCAGUGGGCCUAAAACACUUUGCAAUGCUUGUGGCGUCAGGUUCAGAUCAGGCCGUCUUGUUCCAGAAUACCGUCCAGCCUCGAGCCCGACCUUCAUCCCAACUGUGCAUUCAAACUCUCACAGGAAGAUCAUUGAGAUGAGAAGGAAAGAUGGAGACCAGUUUAAAACCGGAAGAAUUUAUGCGGUUAGAUCCCGAGCUUAGAAACUGUGUAACUUCUGUAGACCGAAUGAGUUUGGUCUAUUUGUGAGGAUCCGUAGAAUUGGUUAACUCUCUGUAAGACUUUAUGUUCUUAAAACUAGGAUUUAGUGUGUCUUUGGUUUAUAAUCUGAUGCAGAGAGUUUAGGGGUUUAACUGGAAGAUUUAGGGUCUAAGUAUUUGUUUGAUUAUGUUGUUUGGCUGACAUCUGUUUUAUCAGAGUAGUGUAAUGCCAUUUUUUCUUUUCUUUGUUGAGCUAUUUAAGAAAAAACCAUAUUAUUUUA